GUUGAAUGUUUGAGACCAUAUUUCAAUUUCCGGUCAAAUUACUGGAACAGAAACAUUGUGUAUACGUGCGUCUUGUGUCGGUGAGUUUGGUUUGCUGAACUUUACUCACAAAUUGAAAGAUGACAACUGCGGCACGCCCAACAUUUGAGCCUGCCCGUGGUGGCAGAGGGAAGAAUGAAGGUGAUCUUAGUGCCCUUUCCAAACAGUACUCCAGCAGGGACUUGCCUUCACAUACCAAGCUGAAGUACAGACAGGAAGGACAGGGAACUGUUGAUGAGCUGAGAGGACGUGAUUUCCGUCGUGAUCUUGAAGAUCGUGAGAGGGCAGUACGUGACAAACGAGACAGAAAUAGGGAAUCAGGCAGCAGCAGUAGUAAGCGCCCUCGUUUGGAACAGAUUCCAGCUGCCAACUUGGACGCAGAUGACCCCAUUGAUGACGAUGAUGAUGACGACUCCUCUUCUGAUGAGGAUGACACUGCAGAAUUGAUGGCAGAACUUCAGAAGAUAAAAAAGGAACGGGCCAAUGAGAGAGUGCGAUUAGAUGCUGAAAAGAAAGUUGAAGAGGAGAGAAUCCGAACAGAGAACAUUCUCAAAGGAAACCCUCUUAUGAACCAGGCUGAAGCUAAGGCAGCUGCAGACUUUAAAGUCAAGAGAAGAUGGGAUGAUGAUGUGGUGUUUAAGAACUGUGCCAAAGCUGAAGAAGACAAGAAGAAAGGACUUUUUAUCAAUGACACUUUACGUUCAGAAUUCCAUAAAAAAUUCAUGGAAAAGUAUGUAAAGUAAUUCAUCAUACCAGAAUCUUUCAUUUUGUCAACUUCAUUAGAUGUUUUGAAAUCAUCAGUACAUCUCAUCCCACAUCUGCAAGUAGUAAACGUUCAAUUGAAGAUCUGUGUAUAUUUAUAUACAAGUACAUGUGUUUGACUAUUCUGAAACAGAUGGAAUAGGAGCAAAUACUUAAUUUGGCUGAAGGGAAUCUCUAUCAAUAGAAAGUAUCUGGAAUAAAGCUGCUCUGCAUUAUACCGAAAAUAGAAUAUGAUAAACAAAAGAGUGGAAUAGUCCGGAGGUUAUGCUGUAUGCAAAUUGUACUAACGAAAGCGGUUCUUCAGUUUACAAAUUUUACUAACGAAAGCGGUUCUUCAGUUUACAAAUUGUACUAACGAAAGCGGUUCUUCAGUUUACAAAUUGUCCUAACGAAAGCGGUUCUUCAGUUUACAAAUUGUACUAACGAAAGCGGUUCUUCAGUUUACAAAUUGUCCUAACAAAAGCGGUUCUUCAGUUUACAAAUUGUACUAACGAAAGCGGUUCUUCAGUUUACAAAUUGUCCUAUUGAAAGAAGUUCUUCAGUUUACAAAUUGUCCUAACGAAAGCGGUUCU